CUCGUUCGUAGCUCUACUUCUGAGUUCCGACUCCUAUCAAUUCAAUUCAUAUACAGUAUACAAACCUCAUUUCUUCGCUUAACUGAGCAUCUCUUCCCAGGGUUCAAACCUUCAGUCCAGAAAUCGGCGCUGGGGUUCCUCGAUCAUGCGGCUUCACUCCCUUCAUCUUCUCCUCUCCUAUAAGCUGAUAGUUUCCUGGACUUGUGGACUUCUGGGAUGUUUGAUUAUUGCAGUGUUGAUGGGGAUAAGAAGAGAGAAUCAGAGUAUCCUUUGGGUAUAAGCAGCAAAGAUGGAUGGAAGAAGAAGCCUUUGAAGAAGAAGAAGAAGAAGAAGAAGUCUAAAGCUUCACAGUAUAGCCGGUGUUUGUGGCCAAGCCAAGGUGCAGUUAGGGAUUUCAGCAAGUUUAAUGGCCAUAGUGAAAUGGAUGAUUAUCCUGAAACUGAUUGGAGUGAAAGAGAAUUGGCUUUGGAAAAGAUACAUAUGCAUGCUUUCUCUAAGAGAAAUUCUUGUCUUUUAUAUGAUUCAAGUGAUAAUAAUAAUAAUAGUAAAAGGUUGGAUCCCUCUUUUGUCCAGAAAGCUGCAGCUAGACAGGUAUUGCUUCUUCAGUUUAAUGUUUAAGUUAGUAUUAUAUUAGGUCUAGCAUAUUGUAUGAGGUUUUUUUUUUGACAUAAUGUUUACCUCAUACUUAUGUUUUAGACUCAAACUUGUAAAUAUCUGAUAUAAGACGUUAUACUUCACACUUCAUGUGUCCAGAUAGGGCUAUCUGAUCAAACAUUGAUAAUUUGAUAUCAUAUUAAAUUGGGUCUAAAAUAUUCUCUAGAAAUUAAGUUUAUCUCACACUAAUGUAUCUGGUUUUAAUUUGGUUUCAUUUGUAGCUAAAGACUUUGUUUUUAAUUUUCUGUUGAGAAGAUUGGUAGGUAGCUAAUAAGAAGCUCUCACUCUCUGAUUUACAGCAAUGUAAUUAUUACCCUCAUUUUUUUCUAGCACUUGCCAUAACAAUUCUCUGUACUUUGACAUUUGAUAAUCAUGCCCUUUUCAUGAUCAUUAGAAGCAUUUGCUAAUAAAAACACUAUUUUAUCAAAAGCAUGUUUUUCCUCAUUUCUCAUCCCUUUUGCAAGUGGAUGUCAUAAAAUAGCUUCAACCUUUAGUGAGAUCUCAAAUAUAAUAAAUCUACUUGAGCUUUAUCUGCUAAGGUCCUUGUACGUGUGAUCUGCAAACCUGGGUCAUGAUUGUUGGG